ACAGCCUGACCUGAGAUGAUGCUGUCGAAGGAGGACCAGGCAAUUGAGAGCAGCAGGUCCCUGAGCCGGUCGCCCUCCGGAGGGAGGAUGGUGAGUGCGGCCUUAUCCUUCAACGGAGCCUCGUCGGCGUCUGACUCUGUACUCAGUGCCGGCGCCUUCGGAGGUCAGCGAGAGGGAUGGAGGCCCGAAGGUGCAAGUGGACUGAAUACACUGGUGCGGACCCUGUAUGCACUGCAGGAGGAGCGUGUUGAAGCUUAUCGGCUUUUUGAUCUAGGACACCAGGCGUAUCUCCGCUCCGCUCCCAACUAUGACUUUAUCAAAUACAGGCAGCUCGUGCACGAAAUCACCCAGGCAUUUAACCGGAUCUCGAAAGAAGUGAUUCAGCUCAAGGACCGGUUUCAUGAGGAGUAUGAUCGCCCCGAUCUCUCUGAGCACAUCGAGAGAGUUCAGGAACGGGAACGGGAAAAACUGGAGCUGACUGCCAGGCUACAGCUUGCCAAGCAGAAUAUGUUGGACCAUCCAGGCAAUGAGACCUACCAGGAGGAGGUUCAAGAGUUGAAGCACAGGAUUAGGAAAACCAUUGAGGCAAUUAAUGAGAUUCUUCAGGACUUCAAAUACGAUUCAGAGGAGAUCGAAGCCAGCGGAUAGACUUGCUCUCACCACUGUUGAAGAUCUGUUAGCGACCCCAGCAUCACCAUGUCCCACAAACUGCAUCUCCUAAAGCUGGAGUUUCUGCUGCUUUCACAUUCUCUUCAUCACUUGGUGGGAAAUUUGCAUUGUCACGAUUGGCCCCGGUAAUUCCUUGCUCCCAAGGUGCAGAGAAAGAACAAGCAGAGGGAGACCUAUUUCCACAAAGGUCUUUGAACAAUUUUCCCUUACUCUAGAGGAACCAGGUUCAUUCAUGCAUCCAAAAAUACAGCAAGGCCUCAGCCCAGAACUUAACCAGUGAUGGAAUUUACUGAAUCACCUGUUUCGUCACUUGCAUUUGCUGUUCAUUCACUGUGUAAAUUGUUUAGAGAAAUAAAUGACUGUGCUUCUUGUCAACUAUUUCAAACUGCAA